AUGGCCCAGACUGAGAGCACUACCAUGACCAACGACGGCAGCAACAUUCCCGCUGAAACCACCAAAAGGGGUGGCUGGCAUGCUGCCAUCUUCAUCACCUGUGUGGAAUUUGCGGAACGAUUUACUUCGAUGGGUUUGUCUGCAAAUUUGAUAACAUACCUAACAAAAGAGCUUAGCGAGUCAAUAGUGGAUGCAACAAAGAAUGUCAACACAUGGAUUGGUGUUUCCUCCCUCUUUCCUUUACUUGGUGGCUUUCUUGCCGAUUCUUAUUUCGGCCGCUUCAACACCAUCGUUGUCUCCUCCUUCAUUUUUCUCAUUGGCAUGAUUUUGUUAACACUAUCAGUGUCAGUAAUGAAGCAUGAGGCCCUGUUCUUCAUAUCUCUUUAUGUGUUGUCCGUCGGCGACGGCGGCCACAAGCCAUGUGUUCAAACCUUUGCUGCUGAUCAGUUUGAUGAAGAAACAGAAGAUCAAAGAAAUGCAAAGACUUCAUUCUUCAAUUGGUGGUAUUUGGUCAUAGUUGUUGCAUGCAUUUCCUCUGUUUUCUUCAUGGUUUAUUUGCAGGACAAUUUUGGAUGGACUUUGGGUAUUGGGCUUCUACCUGGGAUGUGGGCCAUAGCAUUAGUAUUCUUCUUCCUUGGAAUGAAAAGGUACAAAAAAGAAGGCCCAAGAGGAAGCCCAUUUACCAGUAUUGCACAAGUUUUUGUUGCCGCAUUGCGGAAGUGGCGCGUGAAAGACACGUCAAACAAUGAGAAGUAUUGGUAUGAGCAUGAGAUCUGUCUCCAUUCAACUGGUCGCUCAAUUUCUCCAACCUUGGACCAUACUAAUCAAUUCAGAUUUUUGGACAAGGCAAUGAUCAUUGAUGAGCAUGAUGCUGCCAAGAACACAAGAGAUCCAUGGAGGUUGUGCACAUUAAAUCAAGUUGAAGAAGUGAAGCUUGUCCUUCGAUUAAUUCCAAUAUGGCUAAGUUGUUUGAUGUUCGUAGUUGUCCAAAGUCAACUAGCAACAUUUUUUGUGAAGCAAGGUAGCACAAUGAACCGUUCCUUUGGACCAAACUUUCAAAUUCCUCCGGCAUCGCUUCAAGGCGUUGUCGGAGUUAUAAUUCUUUUCGCCGUCGCAUUUUACGACCGACUCUUCGUCCCAAUUGCCCGGAAAUUCACCGGACAUCAAUCCGGCAUAACGGUUUUACAAAGGAUUGGAAUUGGUCUUUUUUGUUCCACACUUUGUAUGGUUGUUUCGGCACUCGUGGAGGGCAAAAGAGUAAAUGCGGCUAAUAAACACAAGAAUAAUUAUAAUACUAUUGAAGGUUUUUCACCUAUGAGUAUAUGGUGGUUACUACCUCAAUAUGCUAUUCUCGGCGUCGCCGAUGCGUUCGCGGUGGUUGGACUUCAAGAAUUGUUCUAUACUCAAAUGCCGGAGGCGAUGAGAAGCGUCGGCGCCGCCGCGUUUUUAAGCGUUUUAGGGGUUGGAAAUUUUGUUGCCAAUGCUAUUAUUGAUAUUGUGGUGGAAAUAACUUCAAAAAGUGGGGGGAAAUGGUUGGUGGGAAAUAAUUUGAAUAAGGCACACCUUGAUUACUUUUAUUGGGUGUUGGCUGGGUUAAGUGCUCUAAGCUUAGGUGUUUAUUUAUUGGUCUCUAGCAGUUUUGUCUACAAAAAGGUGCAUGUGUAA